AUGUUUAGUAAUCAACAUCAACCCUCACAUUCAAAUACUCAUUUAUUUAAUCAUCAACAAGAAAUAUCAUCAAUAUCAUCUUCAAUAAGUAAUUUACGUCAUCCAUAUAAUAGUUAUGAUGAAGCAAGAAAUUUUUCGUCUCCAUCUUCAAAAUGUACUAGUACAGGAGGUGUUAGUAGUACUGUUUCAUCACCAUAUAUACGUCGAACACCAUUUUCUCGACGUUCUUUACCACAUCAUAUACCACCUGUUUUAAAAAAAUCUUUAAAACCAAUAUCAUCAUCAUCACCUGAUCCAUUUAAAACAACAAUUAAAAAGGAACAACAAUUACGACAUGUUGUUCUUGCUGAACCAUCAUUACCACAAGCUAAUCCACCAUUAAAAUCUACAAUAGAAAGACACUUUUCUGAUUUAAGUCUUAAUCAAAUUGAAAAUGACUCAUUAGUACCAUCAACAACUUCAAUAUUAAUUCAAUAUCGACCAUCAUUAUCUUGUUCAUCAUCAAGUACAACAAGUUCAUCAUCAUCAUCAACAACUGAUGAUAGUACAACUGCAUUUAUUCAUAUUCAAAUGAACAAUUCAACAUGCGAUAUAAUGCAACGAGGUGAUUCUAUACCAGUUGUUAUUUCAACAACGAAUAAUAAUAUUAGUAAUACAACAGCAACAAAACCGUCUAGUUUUAUUCAUAAUGUUUCAAUUACUGUCUAA